UGUAGUUUUAUUCAUGUACGUGCCCAGAUGUGUUUGUGGUCUCAAGAUAUUUUGGAGUACACUGACCACAGCGGGGCUAAAGUACCAUAAAGUACGAUAAAAGCGUUAACGCUGCAAAUAGUUAAGAACGAGCUUCAACUAUUUCAUGUCAGAAAUGGGAGCAUCAGGAUAAUUGUGUUUCACCUUGAAUGUGGAACACCAGAUCAGAGCUGCUAGGGGGACCUGUGGCUAUGCCAAGCCCAGCAAGGGUUCGUAUAGCUGGGUAACAUCUGUUGAGGCCUUCCCUGCCUCCUGGACAUCACCAUGGCGAUGUUGCUCUCCCAGAAUCCAUCUCAGGUUCAUGCAGCCGCUGUGAAUGGAGAUAAGAGUACCUUACAGAAACUGAUCACAGCAGAGCCAUGUCUGCGGGACAGUGAAGAUCAGUUUGGACGAACCCCUCUGAUGUACUGUGUGCUGGCUGACCGCUUGGACUGUGCUGAAGUUCUGCUUAAAGCUGGUGCAGCCGUCAACAAGACUGAUCACAGUCAGAGAACCGCACUGCACCUGGCUGCACAGAAGGGCAAUGUGCGUUUCAUGAAACUGCUGCUGUCACGUCAUGGUGAUUGGCGGUUGAAGGAUCUGGAGGAAAUGACUCCACUGCACCUUGCAACCCGACACUCGAGCUCCAAGCCUCUGUCUCUGCUCCUCAAACACAUGGCACCUGGUGAGGUGGACACACAGGACAGGAAUAAGCAAACAGCAUUGCAUUGGAGUGCAUUUUAUAAUCAUCCCGAGCAUGUUAAGCUGUUGAUCAAGCAUGAUUCAAAUAUCGGGAUACCAGACAGUGAGGGCAAGAUCCCGUUACACUGGGCAGCACAUAACAAACACCCCAAUGCCACACGUACAGUGCACUGCAUCUUGGAAGCGGCUCCCACAGAGUCUCUACUGAACUGGCAGGAUUAUGAGGGCCGCACCCCUCUGCACUUUGCGGUGGCCGAUGGAAAUGAAGCAGUGGUUGAAGUCCUGACAUCAUACGAGGGCUGCAGCGUGACGGCCUACGACAACCUGUUCAGAACCCCGCUCCACUGGGCGGCACUUCUGGGACAUGCAAAGAUUGUCCACCUCCUGUUGGAGAGGAACAAGUCUGGGAUGAUUCCAUCAGACAGUCAAGGAGCAACACCUCUGCACUACGGAGCUCAGAGCAACUAUGCCGACACAGUUGCAGUGUUUCUGAAACACCACACAGUGCGGGAUGAGCCCGAUCUAGAGGGACGAACCGCUUUCAUGUGGGCUGCUGGGAAGGGCAGUGAUGAUGUUAUCAAGAUUAUGCUGGACUUGAAAAAAGACCUGGACAUCAACAUGGCUGACAAGUAUGGUGGAACAGCGCUUCAUGCAGCCGCACUCUCGGGACAUAUGUCGACUGUGCUGUUAUUGCUAGAAAAGGGAGCCAUUGUGGACCCAUUGGACGUAAUGAAACACACGCCUCUGUUUCGUGCUUGUGAAAUGGGCCAUCGAGACGUCAUCCUGACCCUCAUCAAAGGUGGAGCACGUGUUGAUCUGGUAGAUAUAGAUGGUCACUCUGCGCUGCACUGGGCUGCUCUGGGCGGUAAUGCCGAGGUGUGCGAGGUGCUGAUGGAGAACGGGAUCAGUCCUAACCUCCAGGACCACGCUGGAAGAACUCCUCUACAGUGCGCGGCAUAUGCCGGCUAUAUCAACUGCAUGGCCUUGCUAAUCCAGCAUGAUGCCGACCCCAAUAUCCAGGACAAGGAGGGGAGAACUGCGCUCCAUUGGUCCUGUAAUAAUGGUUAUCUUGAUGCUGUAAAGCUGCUCCUGGGGUGUGGAGCGUUUCCCAACCAUAUGGAGCAUACUGAGGAGAGGUACACUCCUCUAGACUAUGCCCUUCUGGGAGAACAUCAGGAACUGACGCAGUUUUUACUGGAGCAUGGUGCUCUGUCCAUCGCUGCCAUCCAGGACAUUGCCGCUUCAUCAAUCCAGGCCCUCUACAAGGGAUACAAGGUCCGACGGGCCUUCAGAGAACGCAAGAAACUUCUUAUGAGACACGAACAACUUCGCAAGGAUGCUGCCAAGAAGAGAGAGGAGGAGCGAAGGCGCGAGGCAGAGCAACAACUCUCAUUGGCUAUGGUCAGAGUGGAAAAACUGUCAUUAAAUGUAACAGAGCAAAGUGUUGAGGUUAAAGGACACAAACACAGAAAAACCUUCAGUGCUCAUAACAGCCAAUCACAGAGCAGGAGAGAAAAACAACAUCGAGCCGAGCGCAGAAUUAGAGAGGCCAAAACCCCAGAGUCCUCUCUCCCCUCAGUGACCUCUGACCUUACAGUGAAGAAGUCUUUAGGCACUCUAAGUGAAAUGUGUCCAAUGGAGACGUGUGGCCCUAAAGCUGCAUGCCAUGUACCAGUCGAAUGCGACUCCACAUAUGAGCGCUUAUCACCUGCUGGGUCCAGUCGCCCAGGCAGUGCCAAACCAGUGCACAUAGGGUCCCAUGGACCACCAAUCCACACAGAGACCACCUUAACCCCCAAACCAGCCAUACACACCAGACCCAAGACCACAGGGUCACAAAUUGAAACUUCUCAUACCAUAUCAACUAUCAGUUCGAAACAAAAGACCCACGGGACACCAACAGACGGUCAUCAUAGAUCUCCCUCCAAGGGGAACAAGCCAGCAGGACCUAAAUCAGCAGGAACCCAACGAUCCAACAUGUCCAGUUUAGAAAGAGGUACACGACAAAAAGAAGGGCGAUCGGAAAGAGGGACAGAGAAACGGAUGGAGAAAGAAAAGGAUGAAACAUCAAGAGAGAGACCGAAUGACAGGGAGAUGGAGAAGUGUCCAGGGGUGGAGAGAGAUAAAGAAAAAAGGAUGGGGAGAGCAAAAAGAAAACAUGUGGAUAAAGGAAAGGAAAAAAAGAUGGAGAGUUUGCACAGUAAACAUCAGGCAGCCAGUGUGAUCCAGAGAGCAUGGAGGAGGUCUUGUAUUCGGGGUCGUCUUCAUAAGAUACUAUGCAGGACCGCAAAAGGGGUAGAGACAACUGAGGUCACCGCCCUACUGAUUCAGCUAUUGUGGGGGUGGCCUAUCUAUCUAGACCACACCCACCACUCAGCUGCUUUUGAAGUUCAGGCUCCUCCCACCAGAAGCACGGGAAAAAAGAGCUCAGUGCUGCAAAAUAUUUAUGGUGGAGCCUCGGCCAAAAGAGGGCAGUCUUUACGGGCUGCAGCAUUUAAACCACAGAGCCGAAGCCAGUUGUUGCUGGACCUGUCACUCAAAACAAACAAACAGUUGAACGCUGUCGAGUGUGUAAGCCUGGUGGACUCUUUGACCCAGGCGAAGCAAUAUUCCUACCAUUUGCGUCCAUCCAGUGGUGGAAGUCAGAGCGGCCAAAGCAGAACCAAAAACUGAACCAACAGCCAAGGAUGUGCCUACAUUUUAAUGCAAAAAUAUUUUCUGCUGGAAAUACAUUUCUCUGACUGAUCUAACAAAGAUAUGAGUGAUAUGCCAAUGCACUUAUAACUUAUUUGUAAGAACAUGAAGAGGGGGAUCGCUGUGACGUGGGGGGGUAUGGUUUGUAAAUGAGUGGGAAGACAUCAUGAGACACGAAAAGAGAAAGUAAGUUUCAACUUGAUAACUGCACAGGUUAGAGGUUAAGACCACAAACACAACAAAUUUCUUAGAUAACCUUUAACUCUGUCAUCAGCAGGUGAUAUGCCUGUCAUAAAGGUGACAUACACCUUGCAUAACAAGACCACCUGCAUGUGUUAAAUACACUAAAGACUGCCACACAUUUUUCAGUCGGCUUCUGCUAUAUAGACCUCACAGAUCUAUGCAUUAUGUCCUUAUAUUCUACUACCACCUGUAUUUACUGAAUGGGUUGGAUUAUUUAUAUGGUAGUUGCAUUAUCCCAUUAUUAUAAAUCUUUGUAAAUAUACCAGUUUAUAUUUCUGGAGACUUG